AUGUCCAACGAAGCCCUCUAUCACGAGUCGUUGGACAAGUUGAACCUCUCCUGCCGCACAGGUUUAAGCUUCAACUUCAAAGAACAAACCGAACAGGAAGCGCAAUUGGUGGUUGAUCUCGGCGGAAGUGUCACACAUAUCCCGUCCCCACAGCCAUCCCCCACAUAUAAGCCGGCAGGUUUACCAUCCAGGGCUGCCCUAACUUACACACCUGCCAACGCCAAAACAUAUCCUUCUGCGGAGUGGGAACUCACCAACGACAAACCCCAAGCGGAAGGAGAUGGAUUCAUGCUGUGGAAGGAAUACGCGCCAGUGAUUCUGACGCGCCGUUCUUCCUCACUCCAGUCAGAGAGAGAGCAGGUCCUCGAUGCAGUAUCUAGUCUCGGCUUGAAGGGUCCUGUCAAAGGCCUUGGGAAGCUGUCAAGGCCGGUUCUGAACAAGUACUACCGCACAGAGCAAGCACUGGCAGAGUUCCUGAUUAAGCAAGAUCGCGUCCUACUCCGUCCGCUGCCUUCGCCAGAGACUGGGCAAAGAGAGCUGGAACGCCUAGAAACCGAGCUAUUCGACACAUCAAAAUACAUGGGUAGCACAAAUUACAUGACCGUACUCACCUGGUCUGACGACAACCCAUGGGGAACCAUCACACUAUUUCAAGUCGAGACCCCACUCAUGGGCUCUGUCAGCCAAGGGGGGUAUCUGGAAUCUCAACGCCGAAAACCGCCAAACCUCCAUGUUCAUGUUCGGGAACCGUUUGCAACAAAGAUAAAACCAGUGGCAGCGAUGGAACACAUACCCCAGCAGAUCCUCGUAAACAUGCGCAUGGAUACUGCGAUACGGAAGUUGGUUUUGGUUCACGAGCAAAACAGCCAGCGAUUUCGCUGGAUGGCCAAGGGCGAAAUGGGCCACCCCUCCUAUGCAACCAUAUACCGGCCUGACAUGCCGGUGCCUAUUGCCGUACAAAGGAGUCUGUACGAGCACUUGGAUGCUGAUGAAGCAGCUAUUCUUGGCCACCACUCACACCGCCGACCGUCCUGCCUCAGUCCACAAGCUGGCUACCAAGAUAGGCAAGAGGUCACAGCGGAUGGCAUCGUAGCCACAAUCCCACAGUUUCUCGCUCUUUUACACUCGACUCAGUCAAUUGUAGAAGUUGCUUCCUCUCCCAAGCCACCCGACGAGGAGAGGGUGGAGACGACAUCAGGUGAACGCUUCCGGCGGUGCUCCAUGAAGCAGCCGCUCCAAGGGAAACGGCAUACUGGGAGGGAUGUUCACGUCGUGGUGCUGUUGCCAGCUUCUCGUUCCGCGUGGGUGGAGGAGAAACUUUUUUGGACAGACGAGCAAGGACACCUUGCCGAGUUCAAGCAGAAACGAUACAAGUCGUACAUCCGCCCCGUCCCUGCUGAAACGCCACUUCUCAUCACCGACAAGAACGACAUUCGAUGCGACACCGUGGGGUUCAAGCCUACAUUUUGGAUCCAUCAUCCCGGGGCAUACGCUGCUUACCUCUCUGCCGUCCCUCCUGGAAAAACCAUCUCCAAUUACGCGGGUGACGGUGACUGGUUCAAGAUUUGGGAGUUUGGAACAUACCCCAACCUCACAGCAGAGUCGACAUAUCAACAAACUUGGCGAUUGCUUGCAGACCCACUGACAUUCCAAAUCCCAACGGCCACCCCACCGGGGAAGUAUUUGCUACGAUUUGAGCAUGUGGCACUGCAUCUGGCCAGCCAGAGAGGUGGAGCCGAGUUCUACCCUUCUUGUGCCCACGUUGAAGUGCUGAACGCUGGGUGGAAGAGCACCGGUCUUAGCCCAGGACCGACAGCACGGUUCCCCGAGGCACACGAGGCAGAAGAACAUGGCAAGUUGGUGUUCAAUAUAUGGGACUUUGAUGACGUUCAACAGCUCAACAGCAGGAAGAUGCCUGGCCCGCAAGUGUGGGAUGGCCGCUGAAUGUACAGAACUGGCAUCUUGGCAAUUUGGGGGCGGGUUGGGCAGCGUUCUCGCAUUUUUUCCCAAGGAGCCAAGUCAGCAAGCGAGUAUGCAGCCAAGAGAUUUGACGCGGUGUGACGAACCCCUAUCCAGAACCUCUGAAAGGGAUACUAGUAGAAGGCACUUCUGAACAAUCCUGGUUCGGUACAGCUAAACAGUGUACAA